AUGUCUGAUGCACCGUCUAAUGACGCAUCCCAGAAGAGGCUGCGUAACCGCCUAUCCCAACAAGCAUUUAGAAAACGACAGAAUGCCUACAUCAAAGACUUGGAAAGACGCCUUGAGAUAAGGGACAACGACGAGAAUGGGCAGAUUGCUCAGCUGGAGAGAGACAACCGCGCCCUACGGGAACAGCUCACUAAAGCAUGUAGCAAGCUGGAACGUAUCCAGAUUACAUUAAGGUCACUGUCCAAUACUAUGAUGAGUCAUGUAUCUCACGGUCCGGAAGCCAACCUACAGACGCCUCAAGACUCCAUGACAAGGUCCUCGUUAGUAAACGAGGAUGAAGGUGAAAGGAUGGAAACGGCAAAUGGCGCGAGCGCCAGCGCACCUACGUCCCCCGAUACACCCGAACAGACUGGAGAGCCAGUGCCAGGACAUGAUGAAGAUGCCGAUGCCGAUGCUUUCUUCCCUUCAUUUCAACCAGAGGACCUAACCACGCCUGGCCAAGACGCAAGUGAAGUCGUUAUGGGCAACCUUGACAGCUUCUCUACGGCUCCGCCAGUUCCAGGCAGCCAGGAGAUAUUGAGCUUAGAAAUGUCGGUUCUUCUCGACAAAUUCCCUGAUAAUAGUCUCUAUAAUAUUCGAGGUUUAUCGGGCAUAUGGUCGCAUGAAUACCAGAUGGGUCUUUCUGCCUUCCAGCAUCAAACAUCCAAUACAAAUAAGACAGGCCGUGCGCUUGUGGGUACUAAUUCCUCCUUCUCGGACCACACGCAAAUGAUCAGACGGUGUCUAGUCACGAAAUGGACAAGAGCCAAAAUCUUCCAGCCACACGCAGUCACAGAAGAUGGACUUCGUCUCUCCGGUACACUCAUGAUGUCGCUCUUUCACAGCCUGAGCCGUCCUGCAGCUCUCACUUGGUACACAGCCACCAAAUUCCAAGAGAACAUCGCCGACCUACUCCUCUGGCAGAUCAACCGGUCGCGCGUGGUCUACUCACGCUUGCACGCAAACUACAGACCGUCAGCACUUCAGCUUGUCGAGGAUUACCCUUCAGUCAUUGACUGGUGUCCGUUCCCGACUAUCAGAGACAAGCUUAUUUUACUACAUGCCGCGAACCCUUGUCUAGAUCAGAUCAUCUGCGAUAUCGCCACCGCUUACUCAGUGGAGGUUGAUAUUGGUAAAUUGAUUCUUGGUCAGACUGGGAAGGGUUAUAUUCGUGUCUGGGACUUAAUAUGCGCCUUCGAGACAGAGGAUAUCGAAACUGACGAUGGUGAUGCAAGUGCCAUAUUCGACUAUUCCUCGGUCCCCAAGUAUACAGACUCCCAACUUCCGUUCCUCCGACCUGCCCCCAGCGUGGAGUGUCUAUUUGAACCACGCUUUGCCCGGGCAACCUUCAAAGCACUCGGCUUAGGUGAUGGUGUCCCGAGGUUUAAGGUUGAUCCUAGUAUAUUCAUACAGUAUCCUGAGCUAUACGACGCUGGAGUUGAUAUCAUUGCCGCGGGGACCGCCAUUGCACCCGAUAUUCAGACAAAGUUACCCGUCCCAAGCUCACCGAGACGCGAUACGCUUGGAAUCUAUCAGAAUGUCGCGGACUGGUGUAUUGGCGCUAUAUGUAAAGUGUCAUUAACGUAA